AUGGCGAUUUCCAGUGAGAUUCAGUUGAAUUCUGAGCUGGCGAAAGCCCAGGAAGGGAAGAAGAAAGUGGUUCUAGCAGGCUGUGUGCCACAAGCCCAACCUCGCCAGGACUACCUGAAGGGCCUGAGUAUUAUAGGGCAGAUAGAUCGUGUAGUAGAAGUUGUGGAGGAAACUAUUAAAGGUCAUUCUGUGAGGCUUCUGGGUCAGAAAAAGGAUAAUGGAAAACGUCUGGGGGGAGCACGACUGGAUUUGCCAAAGAUUAGGAAGAAUCCACUGAUAGAAAUAAUUUCCAUCAAUACAGGGUGUCUCAACGCAUGUACCUACUGCAAAACUAAGCAUGCCAGAGGAGAUCUAGCGAGUUAUCCAAUUGAUGAACUCGUGGACAGAGCCAAACAGUCUUUUCAAGAGGGUGUUUGUGAGAUAUGGCUGACCAGUGAAGACACAGGGGCUUAUGGCAGAGACAUUGGCACAGACCUCCCUACGCUUCUGUGGAAGCUGGUUGAAGCAAUUCCUGAAGGAGCUAUGCUGAGGCUUGGCAUGACAAACCCUCCCUAUAUUUUAGAGCAUCUGGAGGAAAUGGCAAAGAUUCUGAAUCAUCCAAGAGUAUAUGCUUUUCUGCACAUACCCGUCCAGUCAGCCUCUGACAGCGUGCUCAUGGACAUGAAAAGAGAAUACUGCGUGGCAGACUUCAAACAAGUAGUGGAUUUCCUUAAAGAAAAAGUGCCUGGAAUAACAAUUGCUACAGAUAUCAUCUGUGGUUUUCCAGGAGAGACAGAUGAAGAUUUUCAAGAAACAAUGAAACUUGUAGAACAGUACAAGUUUCCAAGCUUGUUUAUUAAUCAAUUUUACCCACGCCCAGGAACCCCAGCUGCAAAAAUGCCUCAAGUCCCAGCUGCAGUGAAAAAACAGAGAACAAAGGAUCUGUCCCAGCUGUUUCAUUCAUACAAUCCAUAUGAUCAUAAGGUUGAUGAGAGGCAGAGAGUUCUGGUAACAGAAGAAUCGUUUGAUUCCAAUUACUACGUUGCUCACAAUCCUUUCUACGAGCAGGUUCUUGUGCCAAAGGAUCCUCUGUUAAUGGGCAAAAUGGUAGAAGUGAAUAUUUAUGAAGCUGGGAAGCAUUUUAUGAAGGGGCAGCCAGUGUCAGAUGCCAGAGUCUACACUGCAUCCAUCACCAGGCCGUUAGCAAAAGGAGAAGUUUCUGGUUUAACAGAG